AUGGCCAUGGAUUGCAAGCGAUUUGCCACUCCAAGUGGAGCAGAUUUUUCCCAGUUACGUCAUGGUUGGAACAUUGGACUAAAAGAUAAUAAAUCAGCAAAUACUUCUGACGAUCGUUGCGUAGCGCCAACGAUCGUUAAAGAUGAGUUUGUCGUUAUUGACAAGACAGAGGUACCAGGAAUAUCUCCAGCGCCACUUUUAACCGAACAUUAUCAACGUCAAGCUAAUGCUGCUGUGGAUUUAAAACCUCGCUCUUCGUCAUACCAAAACUUUAAUGCUAACUUAGAAAAUCGGGAUCGUUGCGAUACUUUCCCAGUAAUAUCCGAGGACAAAAAUAGUAGCAAAUUCGAUUCGUUAGAUGGCGAAACUGUCAGUAAUCUGGAUAGGAUACCUUUCGUUUUAUCUCCUCAUGUACGUGCACUCUGCUCAUCGAUGUCCUAUCAGGGAUCAAUCAGGUCGGUACAGUGGAAACAAUUCGAACACGACUUUACAAUCGAGCAAAAUGUACUACAAAAUGUCAAUUUAUGGUCCGAAUAAAAUAUCAUAAUUUGAAUAUCGACUUUGGAAUCGAUUCUGUCUAAAAAUUUUAAUGAUUGACUAGAUAAUAAAUUAGAUAAAUUAACCUGCUAUAUGUACCUCUUUAUAAUUUAAUGACUUAAAUCUCUGCUUUCAAUGUUUGUAUUACUAUACUCUUUAAUGUGUAUACAACAUAAUCCAAAUGUAUCUGAAUUACGCAGAAUAAGAGCUUAUCGCUUCUAGUGAUAAUAAAUGUAACUAUAGUAUUCUAAUAAAAUCG